CCACGUGUCGGUUAUCAAUCGCGAAGUUGUGUGUUGGAAAAGCUUUCAGAGUGUCAGACACCAAUGUACGAGUGAGCAAAGCCAUCGCCAGCCAAUCAAAGCUGAUGACGAAGAAGCAAAUCGUCUCUUUGGGCAUUUCCUUCUCUAGCCACUGCUUGUCUCUGACGACCGCCGCCGCCGCCACGCUCACUGAACUCUUUUUUCUUGCCGGCACGGACAUCUGAUGCCAUGGACUUUGACUUCAGGUCUUUCGGUCUUCAUCCUGCCAAACAUCUCUCUGCUGUUCAAGCAGCUCGCCUUCACUCUGACAAUAUUUCAGUGUUCUAUGAGUCAGAUGGAGAUGAUGAUGCGCGUUCUUAUUUUCCAUGUCCUUUCUGUUAUGUGGAAAUCGAAGUUCCUGUUCUCUGCAGCCAUUUGCAAGAGGAGCAUUGCUUUGAGCUAAAAAAUGCGGUUUGCCCUCUUUGUGCCGCAAAUUUAGGGAGGGAUGCAACUGCACAUUUUAUUGUACAGCAUUCUAGCUCGCUCAAGCGGAGGCGCAAGCCUGAGAAAUCCAACACCUUGUCUGGUAAUUCAGCAAUGCCUGGAAAGAAACUGGUCACAGGUGCAAGGGGAAACCGACAUGACCCAACAACUAAUCUGAUUCUGUCCCCUUUUGUCUGUAAUAGCUCUAUUCAAAACUCUGACAGUGUUCAUCAGGAUGAACUCACCAACAACAAAGUCUCAAUCUCUGAUGGAAGCAGGUGAGACCCUUUUUCCAUCUGAGAUUCAGCAGUAAUGAGAAGGCUGGUGAUGAGAAGGAUCAGCAGGAGAAAAGGCAUAAGGCGGGUUUUGUUCAGCAGUUGAUAGCAUCAACCAUUUUCAAAGAGUUAUGGUGGUAGAGUUGUUAGCUGCUGCAUGAAUCAUAUAACAUAUUUUGGAAACUGAGGCUUCCAUCUUGAGACAGCCCUUGAGGGUCGUUCAACAGGCGUUGUGUUAGAUGGCAGUGCAUCAGUUUAGGAUGUCACAGGUGUAUUCAUGAAGCUUCCAGGGAUGGAUGAUCUCCCUUCCGGUGGGGGGAAAUUUAUCUCUCUUUAAACUGUCAUAAAGAACUCUAUCUAUCUAUCUAUAUAUAAUACUAUAUGGAAAGAUGAAAUUGCAUUCUAUUUA